UCCAAAGUGUGUGACAGUCAGAGCAGCGUGAGUGCAGCACGACAAAUGGCGGACACAGUGUCUCUUUUAAUGUCAAUUGGUCUUAGUGAGCAGAAAGCGAAGGAAACAUUGAAAAAUGAAGUGCUCUCCUCAACUCUCAAGAAAGCCAUUGAGCAGGCUCGAGGGCUGCUCGGGUCUGCUGGUAUUGAUAAGACUUCAGGAACUUCGCUGUACAGUAUGGUGACUCGACUCAAAGACGUGAAUCUACUGUCUUUCCUCACAGAAUACAUCGUCACACGAAAAUUAACCACAGACCUGCAGCUGUCAGUUGCGUUGGACUUUGUAAAGAGCCAUCCUCGGGAUCCAGUGGACCGGAGUGAGUUUGAGAAGGCCUGUGGGGUGGGUGUGGUGGUCACAUCUGAGCAGAUCGAAAAUAAGGUGGAGCUAAUUAUCAAGAAAUAUAAGGAUCAGCUGCUGGCCGAAAGAUAUCGCUUCAACAUGGGCAUUCUAAUGGGUGAAGCCAGAGUUGCUCUCAAAUGGGCUGAUGGCAAGAUGGUGAAGAAUGAAGUGGAUAUGCAGGUGUUGCACCAUCUGGGUCCAAAAACUGAGGCAGACUUGGAGAAAAAGCCCAAGACAGCCAAACCCAAACCAGUAGAGAAAGACAUGAAGGAUGAGCAGAAUUCUGUAGUAAAUGGUGAAGAAAUGAAGUCUUUGAUGGAGCAGUUGAGAGGAGAAGCACUCAAGUUCCACAAACCAGGUGAGAAUGACAAGACUGAGGGUUAUGUUGUGACGAGUAACACCGUGAAUUUACUGAAGCAGCACUUGGAAAUUACUGGAGGACAGGUGCGCACACGUUUCCCUCCUGAACCCAAUGGGAUGCUGCACAUCGGCCACGCCAAAGCCAUUAACUUCAACUUCGGUUAUGCCAAGGCCAAUAAUGGCAUCUGCUUCCUGCGGUAUGAUGACACAAACCCUGAGAAAGAGGAGGAGAACUACUUCACUGCCAUCAGAGACAUGGUGGAGUGGCUCGGAUACAAGCCAUAUGCUGUCACACAUGCCUCUGAUAACUUCCAGCAUCUCUACGAUCUUGCUGUUGAUCUCAUUCGCAGGGGUCAUGCGUAUGUGUGCCACCAGCGUGGAGAAGAGCUGAAGGGUUACAACGUCUCUUCCUCGCCCUGGAGAGAUCGUCCUGUGGAGGAGUCUCUUCUGCUGUUUGAGUGCAUGCGAAAGGGCGUGUUCGCGGAGGGCGAGGCCACUCUCCGUAUGAAGCUGGUAAUGGAAGAUGGUAAAAUGGACCCAGUGGCGUACCGCAUCAAAUACACGCCACACCACAGGACGGGAGACACUUGGUGUAUCUACCCCACAUAUGAUUACACACACUGUCUGUGUGACUCCAUUGAACAGAUCACACACUCACUCUGCACUAAAGAGUUUCAGGCCAGGCGAUCCUCAUAUUUCUGGCUGUGUAAUGCUCUGGAUGUGUACUGCCCCGUGCAGUGGGAAUACGGACGACUCAACCUCACCUACACCGUUGUCUCAAAGAGGAAGAUUAUCAAACUGGUGGAAACAAGAAUUGUUAGAGAUUGGGAUGAUCCACGACUCUUCACUCUCACUGCUCUCAGGAGGCGUGGCUUCCCUCCACAAGCUAUCAACAAUUUCUGUGCCCGAGAUGGCAAUGGUAAAGUGUGUGAGUUAGAGGUGACGUGUGCCAGCUCAAACUCUGUGGAGAAACCCAAAGCGUUCAUUCACUGGGUGAGUGAGCCGCUGCAGUGUGAAGUGCGCCUGUAUGAACGCCUGUAAGUCUCCGACACAGACAAAACCAGAGUUUGUCACUUUUAAUAUAGCAGUCAUGAGAGCACAUAUAUGAGGCUAUUCCUGUUCCUGCACAUACCUUCAAAUAGUCACACAUAUGUUGAGCACACAUUCCAUCAUGACCAGUAAACUGCAUGUUUGCCCGUCAGACAUAACUGUGGUACAAAUCAACAAUGUUUACAUUGAUUACACCUGAUUAAUGUAUACUUGAUAAAAAUACACCACAAUAGAUGAGUUGCCAUUUUUUUCCAAAUUUACAGGAGUCACUAAAGCCAAGCUUGAUAAGAGAUUGUA